AGAUUACACACAACACUAAAAAGUCCAACGUCAAACGCGUUCGCGUAUUGAUGCUUUAAUUUCGCGAAUGCCGAUAAUAAUAUAAAACGAAAAAUACAAAAAUAUAUAAAAAGAAUCGUGUCAAUUUCUCAAAUAUAUCAUAGAUUAAACAUUAGUUUGUAAUAAAUGAUGGUUAGGCAGCGUAAAACGGUUACACAUAAGUCUAUAAAUAAUGAAACUAGUAGCAGUUCGGGAAGUAGCGAGUCGUCUUUUGGCAGUAAAACGUUUAAAUUCCUUUCUGUGUGGAAAACCGGCGUCGGCUUCGUAUGUUUCUUAAUUGCAGUGUAUAUCAGUACUUUAGGGUACUUGGAGACUAGAGUAAAUACUCCUUUCGACGAUGACAAGGUUGUCAAAGACAGCGGACUGGCGGUUCCAGACCGCUAUUGGGGUACGUACAGGCCUGGUGUGUAUAUGGGCUUGAAGAGCCGAGAGCCGAGGUCACCGGUCUUCGGUCUGAUGUGGUACGAGCUGGCUGCGGCUGCUCAGAAGGGGAUCAGACACUGGUGUGAUCAGAACGACAACCUAGCGACGUACGGUUGGCUGCGACAUGAUGGGGUCACAUUCGGGGAGCAGCUGAUAUCAGACCCCCCGCACAACAUCACUACCUCGUUUAUAAAGACCCCCGGAGGCGAACACGGGGGGCAAUGGACGGCCAGGAUCAAUGUCACUACGAGAGGCAACGCCAACGUGCCUUUCGUGCUGAUCUGGUACGCCGCUUUAGACGAGGCGCUAGGCCCGGCCGCGCCUCUCUCCCGCCUCUGGUAUGAGGACGGCGCCAUAUUGGGUCACACGCCGCAACUACACAACUUCAGAGUCAGCUUAGUGCCGCAUAAAGGCAAACUCCUCCACAAGUCGUUUUCUGAGGCGCACGCGCCCGGCCUGCACCUUCUUAAGGAGAAGUUCUACGCUCUACUUAAAGUAGAAAGACAUUCCACUUUCGGCAGACUGGCUGUGCUAGGUACUGAUGAUGAACUCAGUGAUAAGGAAAAAGACAUAAACUUCGUGCCAAUACAGAUGUUGGUCGAGACCCCGUUUGUUCUAGACGUAGUGUACACUAACGAGGACCUCCCCACCCCCCCUCUCAAGGGGGAGGAAUAUUCCAAGGCGUUGAAGGUACACCAGAAGUCCUUCGACGAGGAGUUUGAAGAGAAGUUCAAGUUGACCGAGAAGGGCUACCCUCCCCCGGACGUGGGGGCGGGGCGGGCGGCGCUGGCGGGGCUGGUGGGGGGUGUGGGCUACUUCUUCGGCGCGGGGCGCGUGCGCUCGCAGUACACGCGCGAGCCCGUCCCCUACUGGCGGGCGCCGCUCUACACCGCCGUGCCUAGCAGAUCAUUCUUCCCCCGCGGUUUCCUCUGGGACGAGGGUUUCCACGGACUACUCCUGGGCCGCUGGUCUCCCGACAUCGCCAUGGACAUCGCCGCGCACUGGAUGGACCUCAUCAACGUCGAGGGCUGGAUACCCCGAGAGCAGAUACUUGGUGCGGAGGCCCUAGCCCGCGUGCCCAAGGAGUUCGUGGUCCAGAGCAACGCGGCCGCCAACCCCCCCAUGUUGCUGCUGCAGCUCGCGGGGCUGGUCAGGAGACAACCCUCACUCUUCGACAGCCCCGGCAAGCACAGGGCGGCUUUGGACAGGAUGUUCAGCCGACUUCAGGCCUGGUACCAGUGGUUUCAAACUACCCAAAAAGGUGAAGAACCGACCUCGUACCGUUGGCGAGGCCGCGAAGAUGAUGGGUUGCAGCUGAACCCCAAGACUCUCACCUCAGGACUAGAUGACUAUCCUAGAGCUAGCCACCCAUCGGAUAUAGAACGCCACGUCGACCUUCGAUGCUGGAUGUAUGCUGCGGCUGAUGCCAUGGCCACCAUCGCGGAUGUCCUGCUCAGGGACUCCAGCAAAUACGAGGCUGUUCGUGACCAGCUCGCCGAUGAAGACCUUCUGAACGAGCUACAUUGGUCACCUCACACACAGACAUACGCUGACUAUGGUCUACAUUCCGAUGGAGUACGCUUAGUACGUCAGCAACCGAAGCAACCGGGUGAGGCUACACGCGUUGUUCGUAGUGUCACAGUACCGCCACAACCAAGACUCGUCACUUCCGCCUUCGGCUACGUGUCUCUCUUCCCGAUGUUAUUAAAAGUCCUGAAACCGGACAGUGACAAAUUAGGCAAGAUAUUAGAGGAUCUAGACAAACCUGACUUGUUGUGGUCACCUUACGGACUCAGGUCCCUAUCGAAGUCCUCGCCUCUAUUCAUGAAACGCAACACAGAGCACGACCCCCCAUACUGGCGCGGCCAGGUCUGGCUCAACAUCAACUACUUGGCCCUGUCCGCACUCCGCCACUACUCGCAGACGGGCCCUCACGCGGCCCGCGCCAGCGACCUGGCGGCCAGGCUGCGCGACAACCUCGUCCGUAACGUUUUGAACGAGUACAAGCGAACCGGGUACUUAUACGAGCAGUAUUCGGGAGAGGAUGGCAAGGGCUCAGGGUGCAAGCCGUUCAACGGCUGGACAGCAUUAAUAGUGCUUAUUAUGGCGGACGAUUAUUAGUAGGUAGAAAGUAGAUGCCGAGUGCUUGGGAAACCCAAACCCACUGAGCGUGUUGGUUCGAGCCCAGGACAAGCAUUUGUGUGAUCCACGAAUGCUUGUCCUGAGUCUG